AUGGCAGUCGCAAUCUGCGCGAGAAAGCCAAAUGAAGUUGCCUGUGCCACGGGCGAUGGGAUCGAGAUCUGCGACAUGCAAAGCAAGCUUCAACGCCCAGCUAUGGGGUCUUCCUUUCGCAAGAGCAUUGCCCACCUUGCCCUAGCUCAGGGUGGCUACAUCGCGUACGAUCAUUUCGGUCAUCUCUCGGGCAAAAGUCAAUUUUCCCUUGAUACCGGAAAAGAUAUCCACGUAAAAGUCUGUUUUCCAAUACAACGUCGAUCAGUCUCGGUGGGAUCCGAAAGACUCCCAACGGAAAUUCUGAGCGACGACUGGUAUGCAGCUGGACCGAUGAGUAUCGCAGAUGGCAGCAUAAUUGCCGAGAGGGUAAUCGAGCCGACCGAUAAAUCGGCACAAUGGGGCAACCGUCCCGAUAUUGAUCCGAAUACGGAGUACCCUUCUGGCUUUCGCUGUUAG